AUGUUGAAGGAAAAAAUCAGCUGUUCCUGUGCAGUAAGUCUUACCAUUGAUGGUUGGACCAGUCGCGCCACAGUAAGCUACACAACAAUAACUUUGCACGUCAUUGACAAGAAUUUUCAACUGGAUUCAUAUUUCCUACAAACUCGUCCAUUGACAAUAAUUCACACUGCUGAAAAUCUGUCAAAUGAAUUGGAAUUGGCACUUGAUGAGUGGAAAUUGAGAAAAUUUGUCAACUUAGCAAUUGCAACUGACAAUGCUGCGAAUAUCGUCAACGCAGUUAAACUCACAGGCUUGAAACAUAUAAGGUGUCUAGCCCAUGUGUUAAACGUGUGUGUCAACAAAGGCCUUAAAUGCGAGAAUGUAACAGGACAGUUGAAAAAAGUUCGUAGAAUAGUAGCAUUUUUCCACCGGAGCAGUACAGCUGCAGCACGUCUUGAGUCAGCAGCUAAAGCAUUGUGCAUAAAAUCCCACAAACUCCUCCAAGAUGUGGAAACAAGGUGGAAUUCUAUUUUUGACAUGCUUGAAAGAUAUACAGAGCAAAAUGAUGCUGUGGAAGCCACAUUGAAGAGCAAAGAUCUGAAGUUCAAAGACGUUGAAAGUAUUCCUACGACUGAGGAGGGAAAACUGAUUGAUGAGCUUGUGCAUCUUCUGGGUCCAUUCAAGACAGCUACAGAAGAACUGAGCACAUCAACACAUCCAAUUAUCUCCCUCGUGUACAACGUUAAGAAGCUGCUUCUUCACCAACUUCACCCCACAGCCCAAGAUAGCCAUGCCAUUGCUGAGAUGAAGAAUGCCAUGCGCGCAGACCUUGAACCAAGGUAUGCUGAUUCGGAACCCUUCUUGAUCGAGUGUACCAUGCUGGAUCCAAGGCUCAAGACGACCACUUUCCCAUCAGAGAUUGAGAAGGAGGAGGCGUUGAAGGUCAUCAAAGAACAAAUGACCUCAAUUAUCAAUGAUGAUGCAAGGAAUGUACCACCUUCAAAAAAUGAUAUAAUUGUUGCAGAAGUCAAAAGCUACAUGUCCGAACCCAUCCUGGAGUAUAAGGAGGAUCCCCUAAAAUGGUGGAGAGAAAAGCAGAAGACAUAUCCCGUACUGGCACAGGUAGCAUCCAGGUAUCGUGUGAUGCAAGGAACCUCCGUGCCAAGUGAGAGGAUCUUCUCAACAGCAGGGGAUCUAGUCAGUGCGCACAGGAUCUGCAUAGACCAGGAAAAUGUGGACAUGUUAUUUUUUGUUAAAACCAACAUCAAAAUGAUCGAAUAA